CUAGAGCGGCCGGCAGCGCCGCUAACAGCCCGCACUUCCGGCGGGCGAGGCGCGAGGCGAGCACCGUGGCGGCCUGCGCGAAAAUUUUGAGUUGCGUUCCUCUAGGAUAUGAGAGCUUAGUUCGGGAAGACAGCAGAAUCUCUUGACAAUACAUUUGGCUAUUCACCAUGAGGUUAGGAAAGCCUAAAGGGGGUAUUUCUCGAAGCUCAGGCCAAGGCAAAGCCUAUGAGAACAAGCGUAAGACAUCUCGCCAGCCGCAGAAAUGGGGGAUGACCAUUCGAUUCGACUCAGGCUUGAGUAGACGGAGAAGAAACGUGGAUGAGAAGCCUUACAAAUGCACGAGAUGUUCUAAGAGCUUCAGUCAGAGCUCCACUCUUUUUCAGCACCAGAAGAUCCACACAGGGAAGAAAUCCCAUAAAUGUGCUGAUUGUGGGAAAAGUUUCUUUCAGAGUUCCAACCUCAUUCAGCAUCGGCGGAUCCACACUGGGGAAAAGCCCUAUAAGUGUGAUGAGUGUGGAGAAAGGUUCAAACAGAGCUCAAAUCUCAUUCAGCACCAGAGGAUCCACACGGGAGAGAAGCCCUACUGCUGUGAUGAGUGUGGCAGGUGCUUCAGCCAGAGUUCCCACCUCAUCCAGCACCAGAGAACCCACACGGGAGAGAAGCCCUACCAGUGUGAGGAGUGUGACAAGUGUUUCAGCCAGAGCUCUCAUCUGAGGCAGCACAUGAAGGUGCACAAAGAAAAGAAGCUGCCACACAAAAGGGGCAAAAAUGCCAGGGCGAAAACUCACCCAGUGUCCUGGAAAGCCGGUAAAGGAAGGAAGGCAGUGGCUGGGCGCCGCCAGGUAAAGGGUGCCGCUUCAGGUCUUUUUAAAAAGAAAAAGUGAAAGAUGGAGGCAAGUGCGCUCUCUCUUAAGAAUGAGGAUGCUUUAUAGUAGAGCACUUAGAUACCAGGUCCUUCCCUAGCAUGGAGACUUGAGGAGUUUCAGAGCAUUGGGCUGAAGCUCUGAGUCCAGCUGCCCUCGUUUCUUUAAAAAAAAAAAAAAAAAUACAUAAAGCUAUGUGACAUGGAGCACAAAGAACUGAAAAAUAUGUUUGGUGAGAAUAUAAUCCUUGACCUCAGUUGAAAUUCUUUCCCUAUGUUUUGAUAAAAAACAUCAUGUUUUCAUGAUUUACAAGUAUGCUAAUGAUUACUGUUUUUGGGAAUUUCUGUAGACAAAAUCAUUAAAGAAAAAGGAAUGAGUUUUUAAGUUCUGGGACAGACUAUAUUUUGGGUUUUGUUUUUUUUUUUUAAUGUUUUGUAGUUUAUUAACCAUUAGUGUAAGUGUUGACUCAGUAUUUGACAUAAAAUGCAUUCAAGUUCAUAGAUUUUUUUCUUUUGUGUUAGUGUAUAUUGUAUGAAGUCAUGAGUUUCAUUUUCUUCAGUGUGUAUGAUGUAGCUACAUGAUGUGCUUUGAUCGUAUCCGCCCUUGUUACCCUCUCCACCCCCUUCUGAUUUUCUUCCUCCCAGGCAGCUCCCUUUUCACUGAAAAUGUUUACCCUAGAUUUUGUAAGCAAGAGAAAAUGUAUUCAGUUAUUUUCUUGAGUCUGGCUUCUUCCUUUGCUUAACAUAAUGAUCUCCAGUUCUCUCCCUUUUUCUCCAAACGUCAUUGUGUUGUUUGGGGACAAAUAGUAGUCAGUUGUAGUGUUGGAAGACUUUAAUGACAGCCAUUUAUGUUUGUUUCUUCCCUUCUACUGUAUGACUAGAGGGUUCAAAGGUCCCCAUGUGGCUUUCCUUUUGGUUUUUGUUUGUUUUAUUUUGUUUGCCAGCACUCCUAGAGAUUCUGAAGACUCCAGAAGGAGAAACCACAGACCUCCUGUCCCUGACCAUUUGUGAUGGCGUCAUUGCGCUGUCACUUGCUUUCUUGAUGGGUUGGGUUGACAUCACAUCAUGCCAAUGGCCUCUUGGCAUUCCCGUGUUCUCUUACACACAGCGCCUGCAUGAAUAAAUUGUGUUUUACCAAGAAAGCCUCAGCUUGCUUCUGCCUGAAGAACUACGAUGUCAUAGACUGCACUUUGAAUAACACUGACUGUCUGAAACAGAUAUUUGUCCACAAGAUACUGGCCAGUGUACUGUAGCCCUGUUAGAAUUUAACUUUUUUACUCUAUAGCAGCUGUUUAAGAAGACUAGCAUACAUCCUUCUUCCAUCAGAACAAUGCCAAACAUACAUUCCUGAUCAGCCUUGAGCUCAAAUUUUUGUUCAUUGAAUGCUAAUGUUUUUCUGAUUUUUAUAAUCUCAGUUCUUCCUGUAUUAAUGGCAAUUAUCCUUAAAAAUAAAGAAUGAGAUAUUUUUGCAUACUA